GAUUCAAGUCUAGUUGACCUAUAUAAAUCCAACUUCAGAUUGGGUUCCAUUGUUAAGUAAACCGCCCUAAUAAUUACUAAUUAUAUACCUAGACGUAAAGUGUUGCCUCAAAAUGGAUGCAACCAAAGCUAUUACGGAAUUAACUGCCACUGAACAGAGGAUUAUCAAAAUUAAAUCAGAUAUAGAUCAAUUCGAUGAACUUCUAAAAAGUGUGGCCAGUGGAUAUGGUGACAAAGACAGUCUUAAUGAAAAAUAUCAUAACUUAAUACUCUCUACUAAGGAUUUGUCGUCUCACCUGGCAGUUAUUCAAAAAGUGAUUGAAGUUGGAUCACAUAUUCCUGACCUACGUGCACGAGCUCGUACUCUUAACACUCAAGCCAUAAACCAAUUAGGGCGUUUGCGAAAACUAGGCGGCAUUGUUCAACAGCAUGUUCGUAAUGAAAAAAAUGUGUUCUCAGUCAAUUAUCAAGGACAGUACCCGUCACUUGGUAUCUUCUCAAUUGAUCAAGAACCUUUAGAGCAGAAACAUAUUUCUUUAGAAUCAAAGGCAGAUAUCCAAAGAGCGCAUGAAAUGGAACAGUUAGAAUCUGAUAUAGUUCAAGUAAACGAACUUUUCACAACACUUGCUACAUAUAUUCACGAUCAAGGAACAUUAGUUGAUUCUAUUGGAGAUAAUAUAGAAGUAGCUUAUGAACAGGUUCAAAGUGGCACAGAACAAUUAAGCACUGCUACAAAACAUCGAAAAUCAGCACGACGAAAAAAGUGCAUAUGUCUUGGUCUUAUAUUAUUGAUUUUAUUUAUUUUAGCUUUAGCAAUAGGACUAUCUUUAAGACAAUAAAUAAUUCUCAAAUUGUUGUCAUUUGGUUUUCGUGUUUAUUCUCAUAAACUAUUUCAUUCUAUCACCAAGUUGAUUCUUUUUUUGAAACAUAUUUUUAACUUUUACAGAAAUCAAUCGCUUAAUGUCUUUCAUAAUUCAUCUUUAUUGAACUAUAAUCUUUCUUUAUUAUCCUUCAUCAUUUGGUGAUGAUCUGAUAUUCAUAUGUGAAUUUGAUUGUAUAGUCACAAAGUUAUACUAACCAGUGAUUGUUUGCUUCUGUGAUUUGUAUCAUGAUAGGAUAGUAGGAAGAUUUUAUUUCUUCGCAGAGAAUGGUAAUGUUUAGUGAUAGUCAAACCUUCAAAGUAUCGUAUUUUGUUAUCUAGUAAAUGUAAAUUGUCUUUGUCGACGUUUCAAAAGUUGGAAAGUAAAGCUGAUGUUGAAACUUGUAUUUACAAAACGCUGCUUUCUCCCUAGUCAUUGUGGAUUGAAAAUAUGCCAGGGGUUUUGUUACGUGAGAGAGUCUUCAAAGUUUGAAAUUAAACAUGAAGACUUGGGGACUGUCACAGUGCUUGGAUAUACAAUGAAAGACGACGACACGAUGUGACAACUGCCCUCAACUGAACUGAUACCGAAUGACAGCUAGUAGGGAUAAUCCUAAAAAAGCGGGGUUAUAUAUAAAAAGUGCUAGAAGUCAUCUGACGAAUAAGUAAUUGCAACAUUCAAGUUUCUUAUCUCACUCGGUCUCCUAGAUAAUUAGGACCUGAUUGUUAGACUUAAUUUUUGCCGAAAUAUCUACUUGAAGUGGUCAAGUUGCAAUUAAAGGAAACAAAUAUGACCUCUGAUCU